AAGUCGGCUGCUGAUUGGCUGCGUCAGUCAGUGAGCGUCAUUUUAAACCGGGGCGGCAGUGUGUGUUGAGUCAGAAUCGAACAGCAGCUCCAGCUCCGACUAACGGCCGGACACACGGUGAGUCUUGCAGCAACCGGAUCGUUUAUUAUCAUGGCCUCCCAGAACAUGGACCCCGCGGCGGCAGCUGCUUCCUCCACAGCCGCUCUGAAGGGCAGCGAGAGCGGCGGCAGCGCGGCCAGAAGCUCCGUGUCUAAACGGCUGCAGCAGGAACUCAUGACGCUGAUGAUGUCGGGUGAUAAGGGGAUCUCGGCGUUUCCUGAAUCAGAUAAUCUCUUCAAAUGGAUCGGAACCAUUGAUGGACCUCAGGGGACGGUGUACGAGGACCUCAGGUACCGCCUGUCCCUGGACUUUCCGGCUGGUUAUCCAUACCAGGCUCCCCGUGUGAAGUUUGUCACUCCGUGUUUUCAUCCCAAUGUUGACGACCAAGGAUUCAUCUGUCUCGACAUCCUGAAGGACAAGUGGUCGGCGCUCUACGACGUCCGCUCCAUCCUGCUUUCAAUCCAGAGCCUGCUGGGAGAGCCAAACAACGAAAGUCCACUGAACACGACUGCAGCUGAAAUGUGGCAAGAUCAGGAAGCCUUUAAAGCUCAUCUACACUCGACCUUCCAGAAGUGACGCAGCUCCUCGUUUCUUCUUCUUCUUUCGUCGUCGUCGUCUUCUUCUUCUUCCUGACCUUUCCGUGUGUCGUCUGUGUUUGUACAAUAUUUUUAUGUUCAAUAAAGUUCUUACUUCAA